UGUUUUUAUUUAGUUAAGUGUGGCCUAUCUAUUUAGUAAAUAACGUUAUAGUAUUUGAAAUAGUACAUAUAUUUUGUAGAUACAUACAUACGCAAAAAGAAAAGCUAAUCAAACACCAUACUUUGUUACAUGAAGCAGAAUAUCCCUUUUUAACCACUAUCCGUUUUUGUUUUUAUUUUUUAACGGAACAAAGUAUAUAAUUAUUUGCUUCAUAUAUCGCAAGACAUUUGUAAAGGAAUAUAUAUGUAUACAAGAAGCCCAUGCGAGCGGCAUGCGGCGCCAUAAUUUCUUGCCCGGGUAAAGAUUUGGGCAAGAUCGGGCGCUGUCAUAGAUUCGACAUUUUUUCAUUACUUUAGCACGACAUGGAUCCACAAGUUAUAUCAGCAAGGUAAGCAGAGAAUUUCCGCUACGUAUGUAUGUACAUAAUCUGCAAGAAGAUCAUUAAGAGUAACUUGUAUACUCAGAUUACAUUUUAGCUAGAAUAUCAAUUACCUGUUUAUUAUUAGUAUACGCAAAUGAUAUAAUUUACGGCUAUAAUUACAUUUAUAGUUUAUUCAAUUUUUUAAAUAACUUCUUCUAUGGCAUCAGAGGACAUUGUUUAAAACUUGAUUAUAUUAAUCAAUACUUACCAUUAUCUGUAAUUAAUGAUAAUUUUUAAUAUUCAAAUAAAUAGUGACCACUGUGUGCCAGUCGGUGCUUGUAGACUUGUGUUGGGUACGAAACUUGUACUGCUAGCAACAUAAAUUUUGGGUCAGGUUAGGUCAUCCCCAGGCAUAUUUAAUAUAAGGUAUUUCGAAUAUUCGAUAAUUUGUCAAAAGUUGCUUGUAUUUAAAGGAAAUAAAUUUGCCAGGGGGGUUAAAAUUCUUUUAUUGCCAACCAUGAAUGCUCCUCUCGUUAAGAUUAAUAAAUUGGACAUGCUAAACUAUUUUGAAUAUUCCAUCUCUAUACCAUGUCCAAUUAAACCCCUACUACAUAAGUUAUUACAUACAACGUAAAAAUUCUUAAAUAAGGGAUAGAUUCUUGAGGCAGAAUUUAUUUUCUGGGGACAAGUAAUUAUUUAUCGGUUAAAUAAAUUAGAAAACUUUCAGAUUACCUUUAAUGUGAUAACCAGUUAAAACUAAAUCCUUAUAAGAUUUCUCUGUUAGGGGUUUGAUUAAUUUAUAAAUUUUAUCAGGUGAAUAAAAUACUUCAAAGUUGUGUGACCUAAUUUUAACGUUAGAAAGGAUUCGGUCCCUUCCAAAGGAAACAUUAUCCCAAAUAUUUUCAGCCUUUUUGGAAACCUACCUUGAAUGUUGGUUAAAUUAAGAAAACCAUUUAUCCUUUCAUGGAAUGGAUGGAAAUCAAGAAAUAGAAAACUAAGCGAGAAUUAUCUACCAUCAAGAAAAGCUCGAUCCAUCGAUAUUAUUAAAAGUCCUCAUUUGCAAUACAAACAACUUUUUUUUAUAUUCGUUACAAAAACAAUUCCCACAACCUUCCACAUGAGGGCCUAUUAUUCAUGAACUCUCCCAAACAGGAGGCUGAACAAUGAGGUAGGCAUUCUCAGGCAAAGAGUUAACCUGCUCGUAACAAAAAUUUUGGGUCAGUAUACUCCCUGCAAGCUUCACGUUAACAUAUCAGCUCCUUCCUCCUAAUCAGCGGAAAAUAGCAAUGGUGGGAUACAGGAUGUUUAUAGUGCGAGCUACAGAAGCACUAAUUUUAAUACCGACCGCAUUUUCCCUCAUUCUUGGCGGUUACCUCCAAGAAAAUAGGAAGGAGCUAAGAUUUUGGCAGUUUAAUGAGACCAUGCGCGUCACAAGUAUCGUGGCGGGCGAUAGUAAAGUCAAAUAUUUCCCGGGAGACGAUUGGCGCAUAGUUUGGCAAGAGGAGAUUGAUCAGAACAGAUUUUCCUGCGCAAGCGUGGCAAUCGCCUUCAUGAAUCACAUGGAGGCCCCACACAGCACGGCGGUGUUGCUCGACGCGACCACCGUCGUCGUCCCUGGCGUGGGAUUCCACGGGACAAGCGACAUUUGGUUCCUUGGGCCGACCUAUCUUUUCCUGCCAAGGGCACCCCUGCACCCCACGGUCAUCACGGUGAAGCAGAACUACACGUUUCUUGAGAUAAACGCCACCAUUCAAUUACCAGCCCGACCCACACUGAAAGGAGACAAAUAUCCCGCUUCUCAUCCCCCGCCAGGCACAAUUUGCCAAAUUUUGGAUUUUUGUACGCACCAGAGUUUGAUCUGCACCGAAUUGGAGCAACCGUUACAAGUUGCCAAAAUAUUUCGAAAGGAGCCUUCAUCAAUUCCUCAAAUUUCUGUACCAAGUUGGAAGUGCUGGAUCCUGAGGGUGGUGAUGAGAAGGGUAAAAACCGACCACUUCUGGAUUGGAGGGAGAAACCAUCGCCAAAAAAAUUGGAGGACGGCAUGCUUCACAAAGUGAAUAACAGCUACGCAAUAUUUUGUCAGAACUGGGAAAGCACCUUGCUGCUCGAGGAGACAUAUAUGUUCGCAGGGUUUAGUAUUUUGCAAAUGGUGCAGGGUUCCGAUAGAUAUUUCGUGCUUGACCGCGGUCUACUAAACUAUUUGUAACAUUUGCCUUAUCUACGUGCAGUUAAUGAACUUUAGGAUAAUUAAUUUCUUUCAUAAAUGUUUUAAUCAUAAUAAAUUUUUCAAGUUUUAAUAAUUAAAAGAUUUCCCUUGUA